CAUUGUCAAUGUAUAUGUGUCAUUUUACGCGCAAGUGAGGCGGGUUGUGGGUUGAGAGCAUUAUUUACUUUUAGUUAAUUUUACGUAUUAGAUUUAUAAUUAAACUAGCACAAUUUAGUAUUAAAUAAACAUGAACGGGGCAUCGGACAACAUCAUAGUGAAUUCUUGUGAACUAACACCGAUAUAUUUGAUACAGGAUUCGGGCGUCGCUCAGGCUACGUCUUAUGUUUUGACGCCGGCUAACCAAGUUGAACAAAAACCAGUGAGUAACCUCAAAAGAUUUUACGAGAGUAGCGGGAACUUGGAAAAGAGUGUUCUGUUGAAUAGCCCAGAGCCCCCUGUGGCGAAGCCGAGAAUUUUGAAGAAAGCUGAAGCGUGUCAGAUUGGAAAUAACCUAAAAUUAGCCAGUUUUCUUGUGCCCAAGACAAGUGCUCAUAAUGUUCAGACAAAGCCAGUGCACACAGUAAACACGGUUAACACCAUGAACAAUAUUGUGUUCAAGCCGGCGACGGCCACUGUAGCUGCAGCGAGCCAAAAUGUUCCCCUCACCAUGACACAUGCAGUACCCAAACUGGACAUGGACAGGAAGAUAGUGAAGUUAAAGCCCUCCGAUACAGCUUCAAGGCAUUUCCGUGGUCGAUCUGUACCAAAGAUAAAACCCAAAGAAGUCACACCAGAACCACCAAAAUAUACAUCGGUGCAGUUACUCAAGCUAGGAGAGACAUACCAUAGUCUCAAUGUCCUAAGCGAUGACCAGGUGAAAAUGGUGAACCAAGCUUUGAACAUCAUCAAGGAUCCAGAAAAGAUUCCUCCAGAGCCUGCAUAUGAUCCCGUUACAAAUACACGUUUCAUAUACAAGGUGGUGUCGCCGAAGGACCUGAAGGUGGUGGGGCGCAACAAGGUCGCGCUGAAGGAGCCGCGACGCGUCGCCGCCGCGCUCGACGCGCGCCCCGUGGGGCCGGUGAUAACCCGCAGCGGGCGGAAAGUGCGGCUGCCGCGGCAGGUGGUGCAGGAGGAGACGCACAAGCCCCGCCGCAGGCCCGGCACCGUCGUCACCUGCGCCCAGUGUUCCACUGACUUUGGCAGCCUAUACCAGCUGCAGAAACACUACGAGAGCCAGCCCACGCACGCGCCGUCCAAGACGCACUGGAGCCUGUUCCACUGCCUGCUGGCCAUCGUGGCCGGCUCGCCCGCAGAGGCCCGGGCGAAGCUCUUCAUACAACAGUUGGAGCUGCUGGUGCGGAAGCUGAAGGCGCUGCUGCCGUGCCUGCUGUCGGGCGCCGCGGCCGGCUCGGAGGCGGCCCAGCCCGCCGACAUCGGCGAAGACGUCGGCAGAUUGUUCGGUCUGAGUUCCGGCAAGUACCACCUGGACAUGGAAGCGUUAAGCUGCGUCAAGGACAAGGAGGGCCACUGCAAACACCAGCCGGCCCCGGUAUCGGACCCGGCCGGCGCCGGCCCCGGCCUCGCCGCCGGCCCCGGCCUCGCCGCCGGCCCCGGCCUCGCCGACGGCGGCAAGCCCUCGCAGCGCUGGCGCCACCAGCACCGCGACGACUGCGCGCGCGUGCACACGGCGCACGCCUGGCCCGCCGUCGGCAGCAAGCUCCAGGACAUCAAGCAGAAGACUCACAAAAACCACGUCAAGAAAAUGAGACUCGCCCCCGAUAGCGAAAUAAUCGAGCUCAACCGGGAGGACCUGAUCGCCCUCGGUGCGAACGGCCGAGAGGUCCCGCUCCCGCAGAAGAUGAUCUCCCUUUUAAAAAAUGAAAUUGAACCCGAAACUAAACUCGAUAAACCGACGACGUUGGAUGAAAUCAAGAAACCCAAAGGUCACGUGCAGUUCCAUAGUGCGCACUUCGAUAUCCGCUCGUCCCCUAUAAAACCCUCCUCCUCCACAGUUUUCAGGACGUUCCAGAUAAAUCCGGAUAAAAUGGAGAAAUUUAACGUGCAAAUAAUAAGGCCUUUGGAGUUAGACCAGAAACCUGAUGAAAUUAUAAAGCAGACGCCGACGACCUCCGAUUGUACAAAGUUAGACAGUAUAUUUAGAGAUGAAAUAGAAAUGUCGUGUAAAGAUGUAAUAAGUAAUGAACUUAACAAUGGACUUAAUUUCAAUAGUAGUAAGGAUUGGGCUAUAUCGUCGGCGAAUGACGACCAGUCGCACGAGAGCUUUAUAAAAUCGAAUGCAGUGAUAGAACCGUCUCUAAUACACGUGAAAGAUGCCGCGAUGGGUAGUCUACCUGACAGUGCUCUGACUUAUAGUGAUAUUAACCAGAACGCUGAUAUGCCAGUGUUGACCGACGAACAUGAUACUCAGGACAGCCGCCUAAAUUUGAGUCAGAAUCAAUCAGUAUUGAACUUUCUAGAAACCUUAGGUAAUGAACUAACAUAUCCUGAACCUGAAAUUAGAAAUGCUGCAGUUGAUUUCCAGUUAGACUUAUUUUCUUUUAAUAAUACAUAACACUAGGUCUUAAGUAUAGGUAUAUUUAAAUUAAGGACACAUGACUGAUAAAUAAGCAAUGUUUAUUUACAAUAAAAUAAUUCUAGUAUAAUUUCUUA